UAAAAGUUCUUUGCAGAAGAAUAUUUGAUCAGAACUGCAGUAUCAUGAUGACAACAAGAUUCAUCUGUUUAAUGCUGCUGACUGUCGUAGGAGUUACUACAAAUGAAGCACAGGAAUUUGAAGGCAAUGACAAGGAAACAGAUCAAGAAUUCAUUUACAUGAACAGAUAUAAGCGUUCCAGUGACACACAGGACAAAUGCACUUACACCUUUAUUGUACCUCAGCAGAGAGUGACAGGUGCCAUUUGUGUUAAUUCUAAGGAGCCUGAAGUUCUACUUGAAAACAGGGUAAAUAAACAAGAGUUGCAGUUACUUAACAAUGAACUUCUCAAACAAAAGAGACAAAUAGAAACUCUCCAACAACUGGUAGAAGUGGAUGGUGGAAUUGUUAAUGAAGUUAAACUCUUAAGAAAAGAGAGCAGAAAUAUGAAUUCUCGUGUCACACAACUCUACAUGCAGCUACUUCAUGAAAUUAUCCGAAAACGUGACAAUGCCUUAGAACUUUCUCAACUGGAGAAUAAGAUUUUGAACCAAACUGCAGAUAUGUUGCAGCUUGCAAACAAAUACAAAGACCUAGAGCACAAGUAUCAACAUUUGAUGUCAAUUGCCAAUAACCAGUCAAUAAUAAUUGCCCAGCUGGAAGAACACUGUCAAAGAACACCAUCCAUAAAGCCACUGCCACAAACUCCACAACCACCAGAUAAAGGGUACCAGCCUCCUACUUACAAUCGCAUCAAUAACCAGAUAUCUACCAAUGAGAUUCAGAGUGACCAGAACUUGAAGGUUCUACCACCUACCUUGCCAACCAUGCCUGCAGUUACUAGUAUUCCAACUUCAACUGAUAAACCAUCUGGGCCCUGGAGGGACUGCCUACAAGCACUAGAAGAUGGCCAUGACACAAGCUCCAUCUAUCUUGUAAAACCAGAGAACACAAACCAGCUGAUGCAGGUCUGGUGUGACCAACGGCAUGACCCCGGUGGCUGGACAGUCAUUCAGAGACGGCUGGAUGGCUCUGUCAACUUUUUCAGGAACUGGGAGACAUACAAGCAAGGAUUUGGUAAUAUAGAUGGAGAAUACUGGCUUGGAUUAGAAAACAUUUAUUGGCUCACAAAUCAAGGCAACUACAAACUGCUCAUAACAAUGGAAGACUGGUCAGGGCGCAGAGUGUUUGCAGAGUACGCCAGCUUCAGGCUGGAGCCCGAGAGCGAGUACUACAGGCUGAGACUGGGUCGCUACAACGGCAACGCGGGCGACUCCUUCACCUGGCACAACGGCAAACAGUUCACCACGCUGGACCGGGACCACGACGUGUAUACAGGUAACUGCGCUCACUACCAGAAGGGAGGAUGGUGGUACAAUGCGUGUGCUCACUCCAACCUCAAUGGGGUCUGGUACCGCGGGGGGCACUACCGCAGUCGCUACCAGGAUGGUGUUUACUGGGCUGAAUUCCGGGGGGGAUCAUAUUCACUAAAGAAAGUUGUUAUGAUGAUAAGACCUAACCCCAACACAUUUCACUGAAAACACUCUUGUCUGGGUUUGCUUUCUUGUUCUAAAAUACCAUGUAAAGCUAUGAUGUUAUUACCUGGAAUUAUCUUUUCAGAAAUGAGGAAUGUAAGAUAUUGUACAUUUAUUGAUAAGAUAUGAGGGCUUGUAUAGUCUAUUUUCAAGAACCAUCCCUGGAAAAAACGCUGAAGGAAAAAAAAAGGAACUGAAAUAACAUUCAGAACACCUCUCGGGAGUAGAAGUCGUAGGUAUAUUAAGCCUUUUAGAAACUGGCAGUUCAAACUGACUGUAGAUAAACUUCCUGCUUUUUAUUCCCUGUAAAUUAAGUUUGGAUGGUAAAAACACUGCCACAACAUUUAACUAUUUUUGUAUGUUAUGUAUAAAUAUUCUCAAAUACAGGAAUGUUACAAACUGUACAGCAAGAGUUUUAUUAUUAUCAUUAUUAUGAGCAUUUGACACAGGAAAUCAUAUCCUUUGAACUGUGUAGCUGGCAUAUGUACAUUAGUGUGAUUAUGAUGUAAUCUUCGUUAACUGCCAUGGAUAAAGUUAGUACUACA